GGAGCAGCACGGGGACCAGCUGCAGAGUCUGAGCUGGAAGCGAGACGGCUCCCUGCUGGCUACCUCCUGCAAGGACAAGAUGUUGCGUGUGUUUGACCCCCGAGCCCAGACUACAGCUGUUCAGAGUGCCAAGAGCCUUCCGAACAACAAGGACUCCCGCAUCCUGUGGGCCAAAGACGACUUUCUGCUCACCACAGGCUUUGAUAUGAUGCGUGGUCGGGAGGCGAGGCUUUGGGACAGCAGGAAGCUGAGCUCUUCAGUCAGCUCGGUGUCGCUCGGCGUGGCCAGCGGGAUGGUGAUCCCUCUGUACGAUGAUGACACUGGUCUGCUUGUACUGGCUGGCACGGGGGACUCUGCGGUGGAUUGCUUUGAAGUUUCUACCUCUGAGCCUUUCCUCUCUCAAGUGAGCCACUGUCUGACUGACAUGUCAACGCGAGGAGUUGCCAUGGUACCCAAGCUGGCGUUGGAUGUCUUGUCCUGCGAGGUGAUGCAAGUGCUUCAGCUGACGGACAAUUGCAUCGUGCCAAUCAGCUACCAAGUCCCCCGCAAGCACACAGGCCAGGAGUUUCAUGACGAUCUUUAUCCAGAUACAGUCGGCACAACUCCAGCCAUGUCUGCUGAGGAGUGGUGGAAGGGAGGGAACAAGCAGGUGGAGAAAGUCAGCCUCAACCCAGACAAACAGCCCAAACUAAAAGCUCCGCCCGCAAAACAGGUGGCAGCAAAGAAGGAGCUGAUCAGCGGGGGGAGCAAGGAGGACCCGGCACGUGGCUCCACCUCCAGCAGUCCUCUGAGCACCCCCAGCAGCAGCGCCCCGUCCCGCUCCCCAUCCUCCACCUCCGGACUCUCCUCAGGCUUCCUGCCCAGCCCCAGUCCCAGCCAGAGCACCAAGGCCAUCCAGAGCAUGCUGGGGACGACCUCCAAGUUCCGUCACAUCCAGGGUGCGAUGAUGCACCGGGACACACACAUCACCAACCUGCGUGGCCUCAACCUGACCACACCCGGGGAGUCUGACGGCUUCUGUGUGAACAGCCAACGCAUGGCGGUGCCCCUCGCCAUCUCCGGGGGCCAGAUCGGCAUCUUUGAGCGCUCUCAGCCUGGCAGGAUUCCUGACACAGCCCUGCCAACCAUCCAAAACUCAGUGAAUGUGGUCGACCUCUCCUGGGACCCCUUUAACACACACCGGCUUGCCGUGGCGUGUGAUGAUGCAAAGAUCCGGGUGUGGCAGGUACCAGAGGGGGGGCUGAAAGAGACCCUGACCGAGCCUGAGGUCAUCAUGCAAGGCCACACGGAGAAGAUUUACUCCAUCAAGUUCCACCCUCUGGCCAGCGGUCUCCUGGCCUCUUCAUCCUACGAUCUCUCAGUCAGACUGUGGAACCUGGAGAGCGGAGAGCAGGUCAAGCUCCUCACCGGACACCAAGACCAGAUCUUCGCCAUGGCGUGGAGCCCAGAUGGAAAGCUCCUGGCCACAGUGUGCAAAGACGGGAAAGUUCGCAUCUAUGACCCUCGCAAGUCAACUGCACCUGUUCAGGAGGGCCCGGGUCCUGAGGGCCACAGGGGGGCUCGUGCAGUCUGGGUGUGUGAGGGCAAGUACCUCUUGGUGUCAGGAUUUGACAGCCGCAGUGAGCGAGUCCUCUGCCUGUACUCUGCUGACUCCCUGUCCUCUGGAGCUGUAGCCAGCACCUCUAUAUCCAUCUCCCCCUCUACUCUCAUCCCUUUCUACGACCCCGACACCAGCGUGGUCAUCCUCACUGCAAAGGGUGAUACCAGAGUGCACAUUUACGAGGUGGUCCCUGAAGAGCCGUACUUUAUGGAGUGCAGCAGUUUUAACUCUCCGGAGCCACACAAGGGUUUGGCUUUCCUGCCAAAGAAGGAGUGUAACGUGCGUGAUGUGGAGAUCGCUGUAGGACUGCUGCUCAACAAGACCACCAUAGAGCCGGUGGCCUUCAGAGUGCCACGGGUCAAGAAAGAGUUUUUCCAGGACGAUGUGUACACAGAGACAGCCGUCUGUUGGGAAGCAGCUCUGACCGCCUCUGCCUGGCUGUCUGGAUCCAACGGCCAACACAAGAAGAUCAGCCUAAAGCCCAAAGACAUGACCCCAGUGAGUGAGGCGCCCAAAGAAGCUCCAGUUAAGAAAUACAUGCCCUCAUCUUUCUACCUGGAGGAGAAGACUGAUGAACAGAAGAAAGAGGAGCUGCUCAGUGCCAUGGUGGCUAAGUUAGGGAACAGAGACGACCCGCUGCCACAGGAGUCCUUCCAGGGGGUCGAAGACGACGAGUGGGCUAGAUAUCUUGCACAGAUCAUCGUGAUGGGAGUACAGGUGGUGGGACGUGCGUUUGCUCGUGCAUUACAGCAAGAAAUUGCAGCCAGUCAGGCAGCAGCGCAGGCGAGGGGCAGUGCAGGUCAGCACUCUGCUGCAGCAGCCUCCAGCAUCACCGGGAUGAGCCUGCAAGAGGCGCAGCAAAUCCUGAAUAUCUCUACACUCACCCCCGAGGAGAUUCAGACGAAUUAUGAUCACCUUUUUAAAGCCAACGACAAGACAGUGGGCGGUUCAUUUUAUCUACAAUCAAAAGUGGUGCGGGCUAAAGAGCGUCUAGACGAGGAAGUUAGUAUUCAGACACAACAACCGAAUCAGAAAUCACAGUAGAAUACGGAAACAUGAAGAGUCAAAUUAUGCUUAACCUUUCUUUCCCUUCCCCAUCCUCUGUAAAUUAUAACCAAAUAAAAGCCUUCCUCUUUUUCUGUAGUCUUGA